AUGCUCAGCGGAGGCUAUAAGAGCUCAGAAAGGCGAAGACACGCGAGCGACCGCCUCAACUGGCAGCAAGACCUGGCGCUGAGCAGCAGCAUAUACCUCCUGCGAGAGAUGGGCCCCACUGGUUUCCUGCUGAGGGAAGAGGAGCCGGAGAGCAGGGAUUUCCGAGUUUUCUUAGGAAAUCCUCAUUCUUGUAAUUGUUCCACAUUUCUGAAAGAAAAGGAUCUUUGUAAGCAUAUCUGCUGGGUCUUGUUGAAAAAAUUCAAGCUUCCAAGGAAUCAUGAAUCUGCUUUCCAAUUGGGUCUGAUGGAAAGAGAAAUCAGUGACUUGCUUCGGGGGAUACAUCAAGUUCAAACUCCCCAACCAGGAGCUAAUGAGGAAAAUACACAUAUUGAAGAAGAUGGGCAUAUAAAACAGAAGGAAAUUGGUUCUGAGGAUAUCUGCUCUAUUUGCCAAGAAGUGCUGUUAGAGAAAAAGCUUCCUGUCACCUUUUGCAGGUAUGGCUGUGGCAAUAGCAUUCAUAUAAAAUGCAUGAAGAUCUUAGCUAAUUUUCAGGAUGUGACAGCGAACACUUCCAUGUUGAAAUGUCCUCUGUGCAGGAACGACUUUGCACCAUUAAAACUUAUUUUAGAGGAAUUUAAAAACUCUAGUAAACUUGAGACUGCAGCUGAGAAAGAGCGACUGGACAAACACCUUGGAAUCCCCUGUAAUAGCUGUAAACAAUUUCCAAUUGAGGGGAGGUGCCAUAAGUGUACUGAGUGUAUUGAAUAUCACUUAUGCCAGGAAUGCUUUAGCAGUUGCUGCCAUCUUUCCCAUACAUUUAUGUUUCGUGAGAAAAGAAACCAAAAAUGGAGACCUCUAGAAAAUGGAUCAGAUGAAAUUGUAAAAUGUCCAGAUAUUAAAAGAGAGAUGAAAGAAAAGGUGCCAAAUUUUCAAGAAAAGCAAAGCCAAGUUUAUACACCACAGCAGAUUGUAAAGUCACUGCGUCUCUUACUGAUUACAAAAAAUAGUAAAUUGCUUGCUCCAGGCUUCCAAUGUCGACUUUGUUUGAAGGCAUUUCGUCUUGGUCAACAUAUAAGAUUGCUACCGUGUACUCACAAGUUUCACAGGAAAUGUAUUGACAGUUGGUUACUUCACAAAUGCAAUUCAUGUCCUAUUGAUAGACAAGUUAUAUAUAACCCUUUAAUCUGGAAAGAUACAGCAGUGAAUGGACAAGCACAUCAUUCUGUUUCAAAAACAGACAUCACUCAUCCAUCAAGUCAAGAACCACAACUUUUUAUCCCUGGUACUAGACUAAUCUUAAAGCAAAACAGACUUGGAAUUUUACCUAGCAUGCUUCCAGGGAAUUCUGAAAAGUCGAAUAAACCUCAAAGUCUAACAGAUCAGAAUAUGAUAAUAGAUACUCUACACUCCAUUGAAUUUGGUGAUUCAAAUUCAAGAAAUUUAACCUAUGAGUAUAAAAUUAGCCGACAUUUCCCAAGAUAUCUUCAAGAUUUGCCCACUAGAUCAGUUGGGAAAAUAUCUCAAACAUGUCUUCCAUCUAUCAUGCAAAACGUUACAUGCCCUCCUAGAAUGGGGAGCCCAUAUACAAGUGGCACUGGUCAAAGCCAGAAGAUGACCAAAGACUCUAAGCAUAUUAACCACAAAUCAAAGAAGACUCUUGGUACAAAAAUAACAGAGAACAACAAGAAAUCAAACACUUUAUUUCCAGAGGAUUUAAAUCGUAUUGUCAAUUGGGGUACAACUAAACUCAGUUUGUCUAAAAGGUAUAAUAAUUGUAUGGGCAAAAUGAGAACAAAAUGUAAUCAUUUAUCAAGAAAUCCUAUCUCCCACUAUUUAAGUACAAAAAGUGGUACUGAGCUAUCUUUAAUAAUGGAAGGAGUUCCAUUGUAA